GCGCGCGCAGCGUCAAUGGAAUGUAAGAAUGUCUCGUUUUUAGUUCCCAACGGUCAUUUUUGUGAGUGUUUUGCAACCGACUGUCGUCAAAUGCCGUCGUUUAUCUCCUGUUUAUGCGCCCAAAUCGGUUUCAUGCCUUGCUGUUUUGACGGACUGUGAUUCAUUAAUAUGUAAGACAGAGUUGUUGGACAUCUUCUCAGUUGUUUCAGGACUGAACAUCAGAUUACUGCAUGAGAGUUUGUUUGUUAGGAUAUUUUGGAUAUCUGACGGAACUUAGAAAUCAUACAAGCCAGUUUUGGACCGAGGAGGCGUUUUCUGCACCAGCAGUGAAGUACGGCACAACUUAUGCACUUUUGUCCUGUGCUGGACUGAAUUAUUUGGGGCUGGAUAUUCAUUUUCUCCACAGGAGUAGAAUUAAGACUCAAAGUCCUUCAUAGAAAUGCUAAUGCUGUGGUUAAUGGAGAAACAUUUCUAAAAACUCACCCGCAGUGGACCCGGCGCCCCACAUCAGUCUGUGUGCACUUAAAAUCAUUUUACUUUCCUCACCCCGUCCAUUAUCAUAAUAUUGUUUGAAAUUAAUCCCAAAUCAAAUUCAUACUUUGACCAUAUGACUUUGCAUUUCCCCCUAACUUACAUCUCAAUCUGACAGUUACUUGGGACUUUCAAGCUGGGGUCAUCGCCUCCCUUGAUGGAACAAAGGGGUCUGAUGUUCCUGAAUCUGCUUUCUUUUACAAACAUUCAGAGAUUUCUGGUCUGAUUUUCCAGAGUCUUUCAGAUGUGGAUGUUGCGGUCACGCCAUCUCUUCAAGCUUUGAGGGAAAGAGUGAAGUUCAUCCCUGCUGUCCCUCCACCACUCUUUUGUCUCUAUUAGGUCCCAUUCAUUUGUCUUGUAGGAGUACCAUGGGAGUCCAGACAAGGGGUGCUUGGGCGGCCAUGGCGUUCUCGGACUGGUUCAGUGGAUUGGGAUUUCUCUUAAUCUUCCUGAUGGAGAGUUUAGCAGUUGAUGCGAGCAAUAUGGAGCCAGUCUACUGGAAUUCUUUAAACAGGAGGUUUGGUAAUGAGAGGGGGUAUAUACUGUACCCGCAAAUAGGGGACCGUUUGGAUCUGGUGUGUCCAGCUACGAGUCCCCCCGGGCCGAACUCCCCUCCAGAGUAUGAGUAUUAUAAACUGUACCUGGUGUCCUCACGAGAGCAGGCCGACAAGUGUGAGGUGAUGGGUGCCCCCAACCUGUUGCUCACCUGCGACAAACCCAACAGCGAUAUGAGGUUUACCAUCAAGUUUCAGGAGUAUUCGCCCAACCUGUGGGGUCACGAGUUCAAGAACUUACGAGACUACUACAUAAUAGCUACGUCUGAUGGUACAAAAGAAGGGAUUGACAGCAUGAGAGGAGGAGUCUGUGUGACGCGUGGGAUGAAGCUGGUUCUUAAAGUGGGACAGACUGCAUAUGGCCUUCCCCCAAAGCCUAAACCUGAUUCUGGCCGGCCUGACACCAGAACCCCAGAUCUGGACAAAGAUGAUGGCUCUAAAGGGGGUGACGAGAGGGGAGACAGUGGUGCCGUCUCAAACAUUGCCCUCAUCGCCAGCGGGGCCGUUGGAGCCGCCUUCCUCCUCCUGAUCGCGGUAGUAAUCGGUGUGGUGUGUUACCGCCGACGGAAAGCCAAGCACUCGGAGACCCACCACCCUGCCCUUUCCCUCUCCUCUCUUACCCCAAAGAGAGGCAGCUCUUGUGGGGCAGGUACCGGGUCUGGCGGGGGCAACAAUAAUGGCUCAGAGCCCAGUGACAUUAUCAUCCCCCUGCGGACCUCUGAUACAGCUUACUGCCCACACUAUGAGAAAGUUAGCGGCGAUUACGGACACCCCGUUUACAUCGUGCAGGAAAUGCCGCCCCAAAGCCCUGCCAAUAUUUACUAUAAAGUAUGAGAAGACAUCAAAUCAACCAAGACCCUUUAUGACUUAUCGUUCAAGUCCCCCCAAACACAUUCGCUGUGUGUGAGAGUGUGUGUCCAAGUGACUCUACUUCUUACAACACACACCAUUAAUAGAAUGGACUUGAAGUUAAGGCAGUCGACCGUUUCAAUAUGUUACCUGCUUUAAGCGGUAGAAAUCUAGGGUUUACGUCAUUGCAGCGUGUUGUUUGUUUACACAUGUGGAUGUAUUCGUGUGUGAGAUGGAGUGGAUGUGUCAGAGUUUCACAUAUGUGCUCAGGUGCAAGCAGGGUCCAAAAUUAACACUCGCCAAAUGACAAAUGCUUAAAAAUUGGCAUUAGUGAGUAAAUAAAACAGACUCUUCAGUGGAUCUGCAAUAAUACAUUUUUAAAAUCAAAUUUGUAAGAAUCAUAGUCUGACCCUCGCUGAUGUAAGCGACACAAGUUAAUUAAUUUAAAGACAUACAAACCAUAUAAAGAAAACAAUUUUUGCGACUCACGAGUCUUCAAACAGCGUUUACCUCAGUAAAAGUUUUACCAUCAGAUGUUCACCAAGGACACCAAGUUUUUUCUAAACAAAUGCAGUUUUACAGAGAGGAGACUAGCUUGUAUAUGAUGCUGUGAGUGACACAGUGACCCAUGCUGUUUAUCACUAAUAUAUGGAAAAACAACAGCUGAAUAACCCUAUUGUCAUAAGGACAAAAAUAUACAUUAAAAAUACAGAUUCAUGGUAGGUAAGAAAUACUAAUGGCUGGUACGCUUUCUCAAGUCACUCGCCAAUGGCAGGUGUUGCAAAAAGUUAAUUUUGGACCCUGGGUGCAAGUGAAUGUAUGUCCUGAUGUGUCACACGAGACGAGUUUAAAAAGCCGUGCUAAUGGAUGGAAUCAAGUAGGUUGAUGUGCUUUUCCUCAAAACCAAACACUAGAAAGCAAGAUUUUUAAAUGAUUCAUGCUCUACCUUUAGAAAAAAUACUGUAAAAAUAAUAUAAGUGUUUCAUGCACUUUCAGUAUUUUGUUUUCUGAUUUCAUCUGGUUGUGGACGUUUGUCUUUUCUGAGAGUUUCUGAACCCAGACCUCAACCUGAUUUAUUUAUUGUGCAUCAAAGAAACCGUUUUUUAUCCCCUACACUUUAUCGGCUUUCCAUAAUUGCUCCUCGGCUCCCGGUUGUUUGUUUUUGAGGUUUUUUAAACAUCUUUAUGUGAGGAGCAGUAAGUGCUUGUGGAGGAGGUGAAGACUGAUGCUCAACUGGUUCAAUUGGAGACUAUUCUACGAUUUCCAAGAGGUUGGAGGUCAAAGUUAAGAGGUUAAGACAAACCCCUCAAAACUGCCCGUGAGUCAUUCACUCACAAUGAUUUAAGGGCUUCUCGCUUUACCCGAGCUUUUGAAGUACUGUGUACGCCACGAUGAACUGCUUACUGUAGAAUCACAUUGCUAGACUUCUACCCUUAACACACACAUCCACAUUACAGCAGUUUGUGUUUUCAUGUAUUAACCCCAACAGAUGGACACCAGCUGUGUGUUUGUAUGGAUUCCAAAGCUUUGUGAUUGUUGUUAAUCAGACGGUCAAAGAAAGCAAGAAUAAGAGGACUACGCCACUGUGCGUCUAAUUUAACUCAAUCGUGUCCAUGUCCUCUAAUUGGUUCUUAAGUUACAAUUUCAUCCUGCUGGCCAUUAUCACAAUUGGGGUGAUGUAUCCAAACCAUCUCUGACAUUAUCACCCCAUGCCAGCUGGAUGCUUCUGGUCCACAGUUCACUUGAGUUAUUUCUCCUGACGAGACAUGACAUCAUCACAAAGACAUGAUAAGAGACAGUUUGCUACUGGCUGGAGUGACCUGUGCUUCCUGGUUCAAAUGGAACAGUUUGCUCUGUUCAUGUUAAUUUAAGGUUGUAAUCUUGCUAUCAAUACCACAAACACAGGACAUGGCAGAAAUGGUGUUUUAUCAUUCUGUUAUGUGAACUUUUUUAAAGGUUGUUUUUCUUACAUUUUCUCCUCUUCCUCUUUGCAUUUUAUUACUUUUAGCAGUGUUGAUUUGUUAAUACAAUGGGGUCUAAAAGUCUGAGACAACUAGUGAAAAUGCUUUUAAUUUGCAUUCUUUUCUAAUUGAAUACACAUUGUCAGCAUAAUUUGACUGAAAAGUUGUACAUAAUUUUUUUUUUAUGCACUUGGUGGCAUUGACCAGUUUGUGCAAUUAUGUUAUUUCAGCAUGAUUUGAGAAAAAGAGCAUCUUUCGUGUUUUGUUGGAAAAAAGUAACACUCAAAAAAGUUAUUCCAAGUGUAACGGGAGCCAGCUGCUACAUGAUAGCUGUGCGGUAUGUGUAAACCUCACUCCCUUGGUCUCGAGGCGCAUUAGCGACUGACGCUAGAGGUUGUAGCCUUUAGCUUCGUUGUUAGCGCGCUCACCUCCCAUGCUGGCUGACAUCGCUUGGAGCGGGUCGAGCAGGACCGGUUACACAAGCAAAAGUAAAAAUUGAACAAAUGGAGUAUUUUAAAAUAAUUUAAAUAUGCCUAACUUUGCCAGAUAUAAAAUUAGUUCAUUAAACGCCAAAGCAAAUUAUGGUUUGCCAUUUACCACACUAUUUAAUAAAACUUAUGAAUUUUGUUUACUAAGUUUUAAAUGUUCAUCCUUAUUAAGUUUAAUUAAAUACUUCCGGUUUAUUCUGAAUCCAUAAUAUGUACACCAUUUAAAGAUUACUCGGGUCUAUUUGAUGGAAAUGUAUAAUCCAUUCGAAAUGCGUAAAUUGUUUUAAAAUAAACAAAUAUUUUUGUGAAAUUUUUGGUACAAAGCAGUUAACAUGACAAAUGUCACAAAUUUGCUUACAUUUGGUUAGUGACCAAGAAAUAGUGCAGAAACUUUAUUUUAUUUAACUUUUAUUUGUUUUACAUUUUUCAAAAUACUAAAACUUCCUGUUUAUUUCCAGGUUUAAAUAAAAGUCAUAUUUCCAUAAUCAAAUGCUAAAAUAUUUUUUUUUUAAAUCCCAUAUUUUCAGUUCUCAGACUUUUGGACCACACUUUAUAUUGAGCAUAUGAGAGUUGUCUGAAUGAAGGGAAAACUCUUGGCUUUAUCCAACCUACUUUGGUCGUGGGUAGAUGGUAACCCUCAUUUAGCAAAAAUCUGUGAAAUUUACAUUCAAGAUUCAUAAACUUGCCAUUUGGAGUACAACAGAAAUGAAAAGCAUUUGUUGUUCAUUACCUAACACUAGCUUUCACUGAACCUGAUAGAAGAAAAUACAUGAGUGUAAGAAUUUUACUGCAAAUAUCUACUCAUGACCUAACCUUGUAGAAGCCAGAGCAGAAGUGCUCUUUUGCAAUGCAGAAGGGAUACAGUGAUUGCAAACUUCCCUCCCAUGUCCUGCCAACAACCUCAAUAAUGUGGCAGCCACAGUAUUCCUGAACUGUUGCCCUCUGCAGGCCUGGAGGAACUUUCUCUGUGGUCAAGAAGGGCAAAGACUUGGCCUAUUUAUGCUUUUUUGUUGUUUUAGCUUCCCUCUAUCAAGGGAUAAUGUCUUGUUCACUCCAGUAUUAUGUGAUAGACUCUACUGCCUAAAUUCUAAGAUGUAAAGCACUUCCUCUGAUAGGCAGGUCAUGGGUUAGUCUGGAAUUUUUCUCUUUGUCAUGAUCAGCUUCUCUGCCGAGCAAAGAGGAAUCUUCUGGCCUGAUUAGUGUUGACCUAAGCCACUGAAAGCAUUUCAAUACCUACGGCUAAAACUUCCCAUACUGACCACACAAGGACACCAAACCUAGUUUCAACAUUUUUCAUCGGCUGGGUGUUUUUUUUUGUUUGUUUGUUUUUUUUUAAUACUGGGUUUUAGAUUUAUUUGGUUAUGUUGAAACAUUUUUGUAAACUAAUUUAAUAUCAUAAUUUGAGAUGCCUUGAAACUGAAGUGAUAAAGACUGUUGCAUUUCUAACUAACCUUCAACAGUAUUUUUACAAACAGUGCUGAUUUUAUUGGGCAAGAGGAGCACAGCUAAAGCUGGAUCGACUUUUUCAGUGUUUUAAAAGUCCAGAUGGACUGGACAGGACGUGAAAUAAUACUGAUGAAAUGUUCAGAUAAUGCUAAGAUGUUAAAAACACUGAGGCAAUGUUAAAUAAAUGUUAAUAUGUUUAAGAUGUUGAGACAGCACAUUGGAAAAAGCAAUGAUUUGGUGCUCCUGUUCUUUUACCAGCCCUCUCUCUCUCCUUUCUUCAUUUCUCUCUCUCUCUCUCUCCAAUCCUGACAUUCUAUCAAAUAAAGAUUACAUUCCAUGCAGUAAAAUGCAUUGAUAAAAAAUGAGAA